GCUCUAAAGGUAAUCUACUUUCCCUUAGCAAAACAUCAUUGUCCAUUAAAAUGUCAGAUUCCGGCGAUCUACGAGUCCCUCAUGUAGCUCUCCUUCCAAGUGCCGGAAUGGGCCAUCUCACACCCUUCCUUCGGCUUGCAGCGUUACUAGCAUCACAUAAUGUUUGUGUCACUUUCAUCACUCCAAAUCCAACCGUCUCACUUGCCGAGUCACAGAGUUUGUCGAAUUUCCUCAUGGCCUUCCCACAAAUUACUCGAAAGCAGCUUCAUCUCCUUCCGCUCGACGAGUCCUGUGCCAAUUCCGAAGACCCUUUUUACCACCAUUUUGAAUUGAUUCGCCGCUCUUCUCACAUGCUCUCUCCUCUUUUAUCUUCACUCUCUCCACCUCUCUCCGCUAUGAUCACAGACAUGAGCUUCGCCUCCACGGUUCUUCCUGUAACCGAUUCUCUCGGACUUCCAAACUACAUCUUCUUCACAUCAUCUGCCAAAAUGUUGACACUUUAUGUGUCCUUCCACACCAUGCUUGGCCCUAAUCACACUAUAAAAGAUGAUCUCCAAGUUCCGGGUUUGGGGCCAAUACCAAAAUCACGGAUGCCUCCACCACUGCUGCAGGAAAGUAACAAUCUGCUGAAGACCUUUUUCAUAGAGAAUGGUAAGAAAAUGACUGAAUCAAGCGGAAUUUUGGUGAACACAUAUGAAAGUAUAGAGAGUGAGACGUUGGCAGCACUAAAUGAAGGCAAAGUAUUGAGAAAACUACCGUCAGUAAUUUCCAUCGGACCGCUAGCACCGUGUUUCUUCGAGACAAGCCAACAACUGCAAUGGCUUGAUGAUCAAGCAACUGGGUCAGUGCUCUACGUCAGCUUUGGGAGCAGGACUGCCAUGUCCAGGGAGCAAAUUAGAGAGUUGGGUGAUGGCUUGGUGAGGAGCGGUUGCAGGUUUCUGUGGGCGGUGAAGGAUAAGAAAGUUGACAUCGAAGAUGACGAGAAACUGACUGAGGUGCUUGGAGAGGAAUUAUUGGAGAGGGUGAAGAUAAAUGGAUUGGCAGUGAAGAACUGGCUGAACCAGGAGGAGAUAUUGAGCCAUCCGGCCAUUGGUGGGUUUUUAAGUCACUGUGGCUGGAACUCUUUGUCUGAGGCUCUCUGGAACGGUGUGCGCGUAUUAGCAUGGCCGCAACAUGGGGAUCAGAAAGUCAAUGCAGAUUUGGUGGAGAGAAUUGGACUCGGAACGUGGGAUAAGAGUUGGGGUUGGGGUGAUGGGGAGAUGUUGGUGAAAGCAGAGGACAUUGCACAGAGGGUUAGUGAGAUAAUGGGAAAUGACUUAUUGAAGUUGCAAGCACUGCACAUUAGAGACAAUGCUAGAAGGGCGGUUGAAGAUGGUGGUAGUUCAACAAAAAGUCUCACUGCUCUCAUCGACACAUGGAAGAAAUUUCAGGUACUACCCUAGUUAAACCUUCAUUUCCAAGAUCAGAUUAGAAGCAAAGAUGCAUUCAGUUGAGACAAAUCAGAUGCAGAUCGUGCCAUAAUCUCACAAUAUAAUUAACUGAUGUUGUAAGGUACAUCAAAACAUAAUGAGAAAACAAAAACAACUUCAGCUGGUU